GUCUGCUCACUUUGUUACAGAUGAAGGGAGAGAUGGCGGACCGUUAUGAAUAAGCAAAAAUAAGGAUGCUGAGCUGCUAAGACUACAACACGGUUAACCGGAGCAAAAGCAGAACAUAUGUUCUGGAUUUUUUCUCUUAAUAUUGCGACGCCGGGGUUGCUUUUUUAAAAAAAAUAAUAAUAAAAAGUGGUGGGCAUUUACAUCAGAUUUUUUUCCUUCUCCCACGCGACUAUCACUCCAUCCAUCGCUUGUUGGAAGAAGGCUAUGGCUGCAGAGGGGCUGCUGGAAAGUGCUGGUCACAAAGCAGAGAUUGAACGGCUGUCCCGGGAGCUGUCUGAAACCACCCAGGAGAAAAUCAGGGCUGCUGAAUGCGGCUUGGUGGUCCUGGAGGAAAAUCAGACCCUAAAGCAGCAGUAUACGGAUCUGGAAGCGGAUUAUGACACCCUCAAACAUGAGCUGGAGCAGCUCAAAGAGGCAUUUGGCCAGGCCUAUUCGAUCCAGAGGAAGGUGGCGGAGGAUGGGGAGACCCUCGAGGAGAAUCUGCUGCAGGAGUCCGCCUCUAAAGAGGCCUACUACAUGAGCAAGAUCCUGGAGCUGCAAACUGAAAUGAAACAGAACAAGAGCGUCAUGUCCAACGUGCAGGCUGAGAACGAGCGGCUCAACGCAGUGCUGCAGGACCUCCGGGAGAAUAACGAGGUGCUUGAGCUGCAGAGGACUCGUAUGAAGGAUGAGAUUCGAGAGUACAAGUUCCGGGAGACGAGACUCCUGCAGGACUACACAGAGCUGGAGGAGGAGAACAUCAUGCUGCAGAAACUUGUCUCCACCCUCAAGCAGAACCAGGUGGAGUACGAAGGGCUGAAGCACGAGAUCAAAUGCCUGGAGGAGGAGACGGUCCUUCUCAACAGCCAGCUGGAAGACGCGCUGCGCCUGAAGGAGAUCUCGGAGAGCCAGCUGGAGGAGGCCCUGGACACCCUGAAGAAUGAGCGUGAGCAGAAGAACAACCUGCGGAAGGAGCUCUCGCAGUACAUCAGCAUGAGCGACAGCAUGUACAGCACCCACCUCAGCAUCUCCGUCGACGGGCUCAAGUUCAACGAGGAGGCCAACAACGGCACGCCCAACAACGAGGACAAGUGCAACGGGCACGUCCAUGGCCCACUGGUCAAGCUCAACGGAGACUACCGGGGCUCCACCUCCCGGAAAGGAGAGGCGCUGCACCCCGUCUCCGACCUCUUCAGCGAACUCAACCUCUCCGAGAUGCAGAAGCUCAAACAACAGCUGCUACAGGUGGAGCGAGAGAAAGCCAACCUCCUGUCCAACCUCCAGGAGUCUCAAACGCAGCUGGAGCACACCAAAGGAGCAUUGAUGGAGCAGCAUGAACGCAUACACCGCUUGACCGAGCAUGUCAACUCCAUGAAGAGGCUGCAUAGCAACAAGGAGCUCCCGAUGGACCUGGAGACGGAGAAAUCGGUCCGCGAAGCCUCUCAGCAGGGCCAUGACUACGAAGUGGACAUCAACGGGCUGGAGAUCCUGGAGUGCAAGUACAAGGUGGCCGUCUCUGAGGUCAUCGACCUCAAGGCUGAGAUCAAAGCCCUGAAGGAGAAGUACAACAAGUGCUUGGAGAGCUACACGGACGAGAAGACCAAGGGGGAGAGCAAGAUCCAGGUGCUGGAUGAGCAGGUGGCCAGGCUGGAAAAGACCCACAAGGAGUGCGGGGAGCGGAUCUCCUGCUUGGAGAGAGAACUGCAGACGGUGACGGGAAUGGCUAACGAGAACCACAACACCCUCAACACAGCACAAGAUGAGCUGGUGACCUUCAGCGAGGAGCUGGCCCAGCUCUACCACCACGUCUGCCUCUGCAACAAUGAGACGCCCAACCGGGUGAUGCUGGACUAUUACAGGCAGAGUCGAGUGACCCGCAGCGGGAGCCUAAAGGGGACUGAUGACCCCAGGGGACUCUUAUCUCCGCGGCUAGCACGUCGGGCCAUGGUGACACCCUCAGAACACAAGAGCCCAGCAGAACAAGCUCCAAAGGACGCUGGCGAAGCCAACAAGGAGCAAAGCCAGAGUCCCACCCGGACCCCCAUAGUUUCCCCCGUGAUAACUGCCCCACCCUCAUCUCCCGUCACAGAGUCCAGCGACCUCCGCAAGGAGCCCAUGAACAUUUACAACCUCAACGCCAUUAUCCGAGACCAGAUCAAGCACCUGCAGAAAGCCGUGGACCGGUCCCUCCUGCUCUCCAGACAGCGUGCAGCGGCGAGGGAGCUGGCCCCCAUGAUUGAUAAAGACAAGGAAGCAGUGAUGGAGGAGAUCCUCAAGUUAAAAUCGCUGCUGAGCACCAAGCGGGAGCAGAUAGCCACGCUGCGCUUAGUCCUGAAAGCCAACAAACAGACAGCUGAAGUUGCUCUCGCCAACCUGAAAAGCAAAUAUGAAAACGAGAAGUCAAUGGUGACGGAAACCAUGAUGAAACUCCGAAAUGAGCUGAAGGCCUUGAAGGAAGACGCAGCCACCUUCUCCUCCCUGAGAGCCAUGUUUGCCACCAGCGAAUUUUCCGGGUUGGAGGGGCGAUCGAAAAUUGGCAUCGGUUUUGAAAUUUUGCUGAUCAUGACGAACCAAAAAGCAUGGUGUGACGAGUACGUCAUCCAGCUGGAUGAGAUGCAGAGGCAGCUGGCCGCAGCGGAGGAUGAGAAGAAGACCCUGAACUCUCUGCUCCGCAUGGCCAUCCAGCAGAAACUGGCCCUAACCCAGCGGCUGGAGGACCUGGAGUUCGACCACGAACAGUCGCACUGCACCAAGGUCAAGGCCACCAAGAUCAAGAGCAGCACUCCCAAAUCCUAGUGUACCGGUAGCUCUUCAGGAAGAACAGGCGCAUCCCAGCUCCCCGUGUGUACCCCUCAACUGCCUGUCUAAGCCUCCUCCCUACCCCUAGCCCUGUGCAACAGCUCAGCCAGAGAACAGCGCCCAGGAGCCCGGUGAGGAGGGCUGUGCCACUGACCAGCCAGAAGGGCUUCCAUGCUCUAUUGCAUAGUGACGCCAGGCUCAGACUACUACCAACCUAAAGACUGAAACCGUACGAGAAGUCGAAAGGACACAUGCACAGGGGUGGCACAGGGCUUAUCCAGGGAGACUAUAUUUGAAAGAACGUUUAUUUAUUUAUUUAUUAUUUAUCUAUUUAUUUCUGACCUUCAAUAGAAACGCGUGGAGAAACUCAUACCAGAUCUUCCCUCCUUGAUCUGAGCUGCAGUAAGGGACUUCGGUCAGAACUUGAAUCAGACAUGCCAGGUGAAAGAAGUGUUUAUGAAGCUUAUGCAUCCAGCUACGCAUCAGGAGUGUUUCCAUCUGUCACCAGAAAUAGCUCGGAUUAAAUCAAAAUUAAGGCAGCGCCAUUGCCAUUAUAAAGUAUUGCUAUGGAGGCGCCAUAAACUUUGAUUUGAUGUAGGCCCAUGUUGUUAUUGCCUAUAAAACCUUGCACACAGCAGGGAUCCAUGUAAAUAAACUGUCACAGGAACCAAAAAUGAAAACCUACAGUGAAAUAACGAUUCGUACUUAAAACCAGUUCAAUGUUAUUCCAUGAAUUAAGUAUCAAUUCAACAACAAACCUGGGUAGGAUCUUGUAUUCGCAGAUAUGGUUUAAAACCUGCAAUCCACACGCUUGUCUCUAUCUCGAUAUGGUUUAAAACCUGCAAUCCACACGCUUGUCUCUAUCUCGAUAUGGUUUAAAACCUGCAAUCCACACGCUUGUCUCUAUCUCGAUUGUUCAUUUAGUUGUUCAAAGGGAACAAAACAAUCUCCACCUGAAUUAGAUUUUGGAUCUCUCAAAUAAACGGGGCGACGUUUGUAAUUACUCGACAGCCACUUCAAACUUGACCCUGCUGCGCAUUAGACCAGCGCAUUGGGAGUUAGACAGUGUUACUUUAUUUGCAAUGUUAAGAGUUCUGUAAUUCUGCCUCUACAUGGUUUAUGUACCACAGGUUAUUCUGUGGAUGGAGUCUCUUCCACAAACAUGUAUUUUUUUUAUCAGUCAGUUGCUUCUCAAUAACAAAAAAAAAAGAUCUCUGCCUUAUUUCUGGGAGGGGGAUUUUAGUAUAAUUUAAUACUAACCAAAAUGCCACAUAAUGUAUGUUCGUGUUAGGAUAAGACACACAAAGGAAUUGAAAUAGUGUUUUUUAAUAUAUAUUUUUUGUUAUGUGUUUUUUUUUUUUUUUAAUUAUUAUUAAUAUGAUCAUAUAUUCCGUUGAAGUAUAUUUUGUGUUCCAUUUUUCUUUUUUAUUUAGUAAAGAGAGAAUACAACGCUGAGGACUGGUUCCUGUAGUGGAAACAGUGGUAGGCCGGAGCUGUUUUUAUUGCACAAAAAAAUAAAUGGUUGAAAAUGGAGUGUAUUUUCUAGUCACUCAAACGACCUGCGUUUCUUUGUUACUGACUUCUAGCAAAUGUGUUACUUUGAUGCCUUUUUUAAAUGCAAAUCAGUUUAAUUUAUUCUAGCUCCUUUUUUUGUUGUAAUAACAAGGUGUAAGGAAUAUUUAUUUAUAAAAUCGUUAAUUUAUAUAAAAAAGAAUAGGUGCUAUGAAUAGCUAUUUAAAGGGUACAUCAUUUCAUGCAAACAUUUAUGCAAUUGUAGGGUUUUACUGUCAUUCUAACAUACCAGGAAGCAGUUAACAUUCCC